AUGAAUAAUAGUUUAUCAACAUUAGAAUUAUUAUCUAAUGAACUUCUGAUUAAUAUAUUCAGAUAUUUAAAUACGGUAGAUAUUUUUCAAUCUUUUUAUAAUCUUAAUUUCCGUUUUAAUACAACAAUACAAUCUCUUGAUAAUCAUCAUCUUACAAUUUCGGAAAAUAAUUAUAAAAUUAAUUUCAAUGUUUUCUCUCAUUAUAUUAAUAGUCUUACUAUAACUGGUGAAAUUGAUAUAAAUCUUUAUUAUUUUAAAAAUAUUCGUCAUCUUAUUUUGCAUUUUCCAUCAACUAAAUUAUUAGAACAACUCAAUUAUAAUAUUUUACCUCAUUUAGAAUAUCUUUCAAUACCAGAUAUGUUAUUUGGUAUGUCACCUAUUUAUCAAAAAAUCUUUUCCAGUACAUUUCCAAACUUAAAAUCUUGUAAUUUAUAUGGAUUUGAAACCAUUGAAACAAUUUUAACAUGGACACAAACAGCUUCAUUGCGUAUAUUAAAAAUUGGUUUAAUUGAUUAUCAUGUUUAUAAAUCAAUUUUACAUGCAUGUCCAAAUUUAUAUUAUUUUAAAUUAAAAAUGUUUCAAUCCUAUUUAAAACUUUCAAAUAUUUAUGAACAUUUUAAUCUUAAAAAACUUGAAAUUCAUAGUGAUAUAAAUGAUUGGUAUUAUAAUGAUCAAUUAAUUGAUAUUUUUCUUCAAUGUGUACCUAAUCUUGAACAAUUAAGUAUUGAUCGAAUAAUAUCAGUUUCAAAAAUUGUUGAACUUAUUCCGGAUUAUAAUUGGCUUGCAUCAAUUAUUUCUCUACAUUUAUCAUCAUUACAAUAUUUUAAUUUUUGUUUACAUUUAGAAUAUCAUUAUGAAGUUCUUCAAUUUCUGAGUACAGAAAUACGUCGUCUAUUGAGACAAUUAUUUUUCAAUGCUCAUCAAAAUCAUUAUCAAUCUCGAUUUAUUAUUACAUAG